AGCUCAUCAGAUUAGUUGUUGAUACACAUAGGCGUUUGUGGUAAAGUGUGAGACAUUCUCAACAUUGACCACAAGAGCUAGAUAUUCACGUCGCACAUAACGGUUCUCGCAAAAUGCCGGGAAAAGUAUGUAUUGGGUUGCUUUAUUUCGCGGUUGUUGCAGUCAUCAUUCAUGCAGCACCUUACUCCAACGUAUCAAGAACAGGACUUUCUGCUGAAGGAAGUAAGGGGCAGGCAGAAGGAAUAGAAGAGGUUGAGAUACAGAAGUUGGUAAAUAAUGAAGCAGAUUUGAAGUCGGGUACAGUGAACAGUCAUCUUGAGGACCAUAGCCGACAGAUUAAUGGACACGAAAAAUCUUUGAUCAAGGGGAAAGUGAAUGCAAAAUUGCCUACUGAAGUCCAAACGAGGGUUAGCGUCCUUCGCAGUCUUUUCAGCCCUGAGCAGGUGGCCGCUGUAAUCCUCUCCACUCAUGACUUCACUGGCUUUCUGGACGCAAUGGACGAAUUGGAAAAGACAAAACUGAUAUCUCCCAAAGAGGUGGCAUUUUACAAAGCUGAUGUUGCUAUGGAGAUGGAGAAGCUCUUUCAAGAGGCAGAAGUUGGCGCGAGACUCCUCCUUAUGGAAGCGACAAGUCAAGUGAAAGCCCUUAACCAAGGCCACCCAAAAGAAAACGAGGGUUCUACCGUCAAGGUCCAAGCGUCUAAACUUGACGUGAAGAAGGAAGUGUCUACGGCUAAGCCAACAUCCGAGACCCAAGGGCCAAAUCAGCAAACACAGACCAAUGACACGGUAUCAGAAAACCGCAUUUUCAAAAUUGCCGAUCUACUCCCUACCGAGUUCCCUAAUGCGGGUGUUGCUAAGUUCAUUCAGUCAUUUGGGAUUGCAGACAAUAUCAUCAACGCUUUGCUCUACGAUUGGAUGACGGCGGGAAUGAAACAAGGCAAAACGGCUCCUAGAUUAAGUAUCGACGACUUCAUGCACUACUUGCGCCAAAAAGAAGAAAAUGCUCGACAGAAGGGACAGUUGGAAGUUGCCGGGGUGGUGGGCCGACUGAUGGAUGCCAUAGCAGCAGAAUAUAACAGGCGACUUGUAAAUGAGCUCUCGUCAAGAGCACAGCCUGAGGUGGAGUUUAAGGUGCCCAAAGACAUGGAUACUGGUUUCUCAGCCCAGGGAAACAAAAGAAACAACGAACCAGAAAGCAACGUAGCUCAGAACAAGGGGAAAGACCCGGUAACCGUUGGUAGAGCGGCUGUUGAUAAAUAAGAUGCCUCGUGCACACCGGAGACAGAGGACUGAACAUGUUAAUUCUCUUAACGGUGCAUGGUGUAGGAUUUUCCCGCGAAAUACCUGCCUUUGAUCCUCCUGCACUAACACUCUCUAGCAUCCCAUAACAAAGUUGAAAAUUCUAAAAGCUGUUACAGUGUAAGUCACAUUUGGGUUUUCAUGGUUUUUCGAAUUCUGCCAUCCCUUCGAGCUCACUUUUCACACUGGUUUCCAGAUUCCGCGUUAUUUAAAACUGUAGAAGAUGGUAGAUUUGGUUAUUUUUUGGCAACAUAAAUCGAUGGCAUUUAUUUGCUAAAAUUUGACCAAAAGUAUUAUUUGUCUUUAAAUAAGCCCAACAGAAGGCAGUUUAUGUGCCUAACGCGCAUUUAAAAUCCUACACUUUGUCACUUUAAAUGGUACACGUAUAAAUUUACGAACUUUUAGGAUCUUUGGAAUUUACCUUAUUACAUAUCUCUAGUUUAUUUAUUGUGUUCAAAUAUUUGUCGUGCGUGAAACGAUUAAGAUGCCAAAAUAAGCAUGAAACAUCGUAUACUUUAAUAUCAGCUCCUACGAAUAAACUUGAACAAAUUUAAUACUAAAGAACUUGAACAUAUCAAAAUACAUAUGAUAUCUGGAUCAUUGUCUUACUAAUGUUUUCGUAACUUUCUUUUGAAAAAAAAUGGUCAGUAGAAAAAAUGUUUUUACUUUGAAACGACAGAAGGUGGAGAGCCUGUUAACUUGCCUCCUUUGUCAAAUUAAUAUUUUCGGAACUUUCAUUUGAAAAAGAAAAUAGUAGAAAAAAUGUUUUUGACUUUGAAAUGUCAAAAGGUGGAGAACCUGUCAACUUGCCUCCUUUGUCAA